AAUCCGCAUCAGAGAGAGAGGGAGUGAGGGAGAGAGAUGAUGAUGAAGAUGAUGAUGGCGGAUGAAGAUCAGCGCUGAACGCGGAUUUCUAUCAUCGCGUUCAUUCAGUAUUUUACAAAUAUUAAACAUAGACCACAGUCGAUUGGUCGCUCGAUUCAAACAUGGGUAACGAGGCGAGUAUGGAGGGCGGUGAGGCGGGUGUUCUGCUUUCAGCACCGCCGGCCUCCGGACAGCUCGUGAAGCCCGUGAAUGGCGCAGCGGCCGGGGCGGGAAGAACCCCCGAACCCAGCGGAGGCGUGAACAGGUUGGCUGGAGGGACAGGGCCUCCAUCAAGCCCUAUGCAAGGAAGUGCAAACCCAUACAAAAAGGUUGUCCAUGAUGGUCCAAGACAUUCCCAGACUUCUUCUACACAUCAAUCUCAAAUUCAAAUUUCAUCAGGAGGCAUGGCAGCCAAUCAGAGCCCUGGACAACAUGCAUCCAGACGUAACCUUCAGGUUGACUUUAAGACUUGCAGUGGACGAACAGGCCGCUCACCAACAGUCUCUCCUGACAGAGCUAGUGCACCAACUUCACCCUACUCAGUACCUCAAAUAGCACCGAUGCCUAGCAGUAAACUGUGUCCGAUCUGCAAUACUGCAGAGCUAACAAGUGUUGACGGGUCUCCAAACUUCAACAAGUGUACUCAAUGUCACAAUACAGUGUGCAAUCAGUGUGGCUUCAAUCCCAACCCACACCUCGUAGGGGUCAAGGAGUGGCUUUGUUUAAACUGCCAGAUGCAGAGAGCAUUGGGAAUUGACAUGACAACCCCACGGUCCAAAAGUCAGCAGCAGAUACAUUCUCCCUCUCAUCAGCCUAAGCCCGAUCCCAUACCCAAAACCCAACUCUCAGCUCAACCUACAACACAGCAACAAUCCCAAAUGCAGACACAGGCGAAAAUUCAGCCCCAGGCUCAAAGCCAGUCGUCCUCUGGGAUCCAGAGACAGUUUGGUCCCACUGUACCUGACCAGACUGGACUGCAUAGUGAACCACAAACACAAAAAGAAGCGCAAGCAGGCCUCCAUUCAAUGUCUAGGGAUCCCCUGAGGCAGCGCGGGGAGGUAUUUGGACCAAAAAGUCCAGAAAGGGGAGUUCAUCUGGGUAAACUUCCUCAUCCAGGAGCAGUGCCUUUACCUGGCUUAGUUAAGGCUCAAUCACAGUCAGACUUAGGACGUGGAUCUCCCAUGCGUUACGGAGGUCAACCUGAAAAGACGCGAAGUGCCGGAAGCUCCCCGGCCCGUCAACCUCCAUCCCAAGACAUUCCUCCCCAAGAUGGUCUAACUAAGCUCUUUGGUUUUGGGGCAUCUCUUUUAAAUCAGGCAAGCACACUCAUUUCUGCUGAUCCUCUUUCUGGAUCCUCACAUCAGCCCUCAACUGUCCGUAACCAGAGUGCUCAGGGUUCCAGGGUGAUCUUUAAUGAUGCGAAUGCUGGUGCCAGAACAGCUGCGCCUGGCACUGUCAAAACAAGCCCAGGAGGUGUUGUGCUUUCUAAAGGUCCUGAGACCCCUCUGGAGAAACAAUCUGUACCGCAACAGUCGCCAGUGCACCAUCAGAAAGAGCCAAAACCACCGCAGUUUUCAACACACCAUCAAAAAACAGCAUUGGAACAGCAGCCACUGUCAGUGAAGCAGGCUCAGCCAGUUAGACAGAAGCCAGACAUCACCUGCCCACUAUGUAAGACUGCAUUUAAUGUCGGGACAACAGAACCACCGAACUACAAGUCCUGCACCCAGUGUCACACACAGGUGUGCAAUCUUUGUGGGUUUAACCCAACGCCUCAUCUGCUGGAGAAAAAAGAAUGGCUCUGUCUAAACUGUCAGACUCAGAGACUGAUGUCUGGUGGGCUUGACCCUCUGCCUGUUUCACAUUCCUCUCCUAACCAUCAACCAGUGGGGUCACCCAAACACCAACAACUCUCAAGUCAACAGCAGCAAGGUCCUAAAGCAAUGUCGCCACAGAAGAAACCGUCAGUUUCUCAGCAGAGUGAUUUUACGGCCCCCAUGGCUAGACCAGGAAGUGUUAUAAAAACUUCCCUACCUACUGAUGCUACAGCAACUACUACAUUUAUUGGUGAAGAACAAAGGAAGCAAACGGCACCCAAACUGGAUAAAGAGUCUGACCUUUACAGUACAUCAACUGAAAAGGCAAAAAUAACAGAGCCAAUUCAGACUCCUGCUCGAGAUGACAAAAAAGAGCUACAGAGGUCCAAAUACUAUGACGAAACAAGCAAGAUAAACAGCAACCAAGACCUAUCACGGAGCCCGCAAAGUUUGAGUGAUACUGGUUAUUCCUCAGAUGGGAUCUCUAGUUCGCAUAGUGAGAUCACUGGUCUUAUUCAGGAGGAGGAGCUGAAGUUAAAUGAGAGAGGUCUCACAGGGCACCAUACACCACCAAGCCCGUCUGAACUGAUUAAGCUUGAGAGUUCCAUGCGACCCCUUCUAGAGUUUAAAGUGCCAUCUGAAGGUAAAGGAACAAAUGGCAACAAGCGCGAGAAAGACCACCAUGAAGACAUCAGAAAGCAUCGAUCUCGCUCUAUAUCAAUAAGUCCAGAGGAAUAUGACUCUGAUGAGGACCUUGAAGGCAUUAUGGAGGUGGAAGAAGAGCCAACUGACUGGGAAACCAAGAGAGAGCUUAGAUCAAUUUCCGCAUUAGGUGGCCAUAAGAAAAAAAACUUAGAACCUGAAGAGAUUACUGAUGAGGAAUUUAUGAGGCGACAAAUCAUGGAGAUGAGUGCAGAUGAUGAGGAUGAUGUUGAAGAAGAGGAAGACAAUGAUGAUGAAGACUAUAGUUACAAAAAGCCAAAAAAGACACAAAAGCACAUCAGUGACUCAGGGAAAGAAAAGCACCGUCUUACUUAUCAAUCUAGUAGCUUUGAAGAGGAGAGCAAAACUACAAGUGAUGUAUACAAAGGAUCAGCUGAAGAGGACCUCAUGGCAUCUCAAGGAGGGUUGCGCAGAUUCAAAACCAUAGAACUAAACAACUCCAACAGCUAUAGUCGAGACAUAGAACUAAAUAAUGACAAUGACCUAAGUCUGGACAGAGAGCCUGAGCUAGAAAUGGAAAGCCUUACCGGUUCUCCAGAAGAGCGUUCUAGAGGAGAAUAUUCCUCAACACUUCCACCAACCACCUCUAGCUACACCUCAGGGAUAUCCCCUACUUCCAUAUCCUCCAUGGAAGACGACAGCGACAGUAGUCCUAGCCGUAGGCAACGGCUAGAAGAAGCAAAGCAGCAGAGGAAGGCCAGGCAUCGCUCCCAUGGACCACUCCUACCCACCAUUGAGGAUUCCUCAGAAGAAGAUGAAUUGAGAGAAGAAGAAGAACUACUGAGAGAGCAGGAAAAGAUGAGAGAAGUGGAACAACAGAGAAUUAGAAGCACUGUCCGAAAAACAAAACGUGACAAAGAAGAGCUAAGAGCACAAAGGCGCAGAGAACGAUCCAAAACACCCCCCAGCAAUCUGUCCCCUAUUGAGGAUGCUUCUCCAACAGAGGAGCUGAGACAGGCAGCUGAGAUGGAGGAACUUCACCGGUCUUCCUGCUCAGAGUACUCUCCUUCAGCUGAUUCAGAUACUGAGGGCUAUGAAAUGCAGCCAAAGUUGUACAAAUCUGGCAGUGAGUACAACCUACCAACAUUUAUGUCACUUUAUUCUCCUACUGAAAAACAACAGACCACAUCUUCUACACCUAUUAUAACUACUACUUCUAGCAGCAAACAAUUAAAAAGUGCAGAAGAAGUAUACGAAGAAAUGAUGAGGAAAGCUGAGAUGUUGCAGAAACAACAACAGCAGCAGCAAUCAUGCUCUGGCCAGCAGUACAACACAAGCUCGUAUCAAGAGUCUGACAUUAGAAACAGACAGGAAUAUGAGGAUGAAUAUGAUUAUACUGAUCAAGAUGAUAUCACUUAUGAGAAUGAGAAUACAGUGGAUAUAUAUGAAGAGAUCCGCCAGACUUCACAAAACAUUUCAAAGCAGCUUGAUGACAAAAUUGAAAUGGAUGACUCCUACUCAGAAAAGCAAUUACUAGAUACAGGCUCAGCCUUUGCUAAGUUGCUGGAACAAAGCAAUGCUUUAUUGACUCCGGGCACAAGCCCCACCCAGAUCUCAGCACCAGUAUCAUUUUCUGAAACAGUGACUGGAGGACGCAUACCUGAUGUCAAAGUAACUCAACAUUUCUCUAAAGAUGGAAACAAAGACAGACUUAGAUAUCAAACUGGUAAAAAUGGUAUUACACCAGCUGCUGCAGCCACUAAUAUUGCUGCCUAUGGGGUGUUCACUAGGGAUACAGUCACUGUCUCUCAAACUAGGACCAGUCAAACAGUGUCCACCACACAGCCUAAUUUAUAUGGUCGGCAAACAGGAAGCACUACCAUGACAACUAACAGUGCUUCAAAUAUGUCUCACAAAAUAGCUGAAAUCACUCAGGCUUACAACCAAAGUGCUGUAAAAAAAGUGUCAGUUAGCAAAGGAGUUCAAUUGAGAGAUAAUUCAACAUCCUCAGAAUCUGGCACAGUUUCAGUUCGAGGUCAUGUGUAUCACGAAAGGAGUCCACCUCUUUCUCCCACUUCCUCUCCUAUUCAUAGUCCAACACAAUCCCAAUCUAAAAGAACAUCUGAGCUCUCAACUCAAACUGUUAGUCAUUCAAUGCUAGCUUCCUCUGCAAAGGUUUAUCAUACUUCUCCAGUUUUGACACAGAGCACUCAGACUUCACAAAGGACUGCCUUACCAUGCCUCUUUCAGAAAUCCUCUCCAAAUAGUUCUUUUAUGAUGAGAACAGAAGAGUUAGAGGCUACUAGCCCACCAAAGCCAGUGAAAGUUAACACAGCUACAUCUCCAUUGUCUUCACCGACGAGGUUUAGCCGCCAGUCAACAUUUGAUGACUACUCACCUCCUGAUAGCCCCCCUGAUAUUCCACCACAUCAACAAUUACCACAUAGGGGUUUCUAUAGGAGUUAUAAGCCUGGAAAAGUUAAUGUUGGAACAAGCAUGGUGACCACUGCUAGCAUGUACACAUAUGGUUCGCUGUCAAUGGACAACAUAUCACUUUGUCACAUUUCAACAGUUCCAGGUACCUCAAGAAUUGAGCAAGGACAAAGGUUACAUAGUGGGAGUGUUGUAGACCUAAGAACUGCCAUGAAGCCAAUGUCAGUUAUCAUGACUGACCAAGGAAUGGAUUUAACUUCCUUGUCCACAGAAUCUCAUAAAUAUUCUGGCAGUACUGAAUUAAGUCCCAUUCGUCAAUCCACAACUAUUCAGCCAUUAGUAAUGAACUUGAAUACACAGGAGCAGCUACAUGUUGUUACCUCAACAGCAACAACCGUUAGUGUUACAGUAGCUGCUUCUAUGUUCAUGUCCCAACCCAAGCAGCCUGUGCUGUAUUGUGAUCCUCUUGAGAACAGAGUCGAUUUUGGCAAAGGUAUGGGACCAGUUGUUUGCCUUGCACUAAAUAAACAGCCACCAACAGAUCCAUCUAUACCAAAGAUUGAUGCUAAGCUGGAAGAUUUGAGUAUCCAGCAACAGCAGUUACUUAUACAACAGCAGAAGCUUCAACAUCAACAACAAAUUCUUGAGGAGCAGCUUCAGCACCAUCAUCAACUUCAACAACAAGCUGCCUCAUAUGCAAAGUUGGACUUAUCAAGCCGACUACCUGCAUUUAAAAAAGACAUGGUUGUAACUCAGACAAGCACUGCCAUAGAGGUUAAUGCCAUCUCUUCCGAUAUGACAUCUGAUGUUUAUGGUCUUGGAGGUCCUUCUGAGUUAAGAGAGAAGCAGCAAGAGAUUAUGAAUCUAACAAAUGUCAAGCCUCUAACAAAUGUUAAGCCUCAUAGCAUGAUGGUUCAGAUGGAUGGACUUGCACAAGGCCCUGCUAUUACACAUCUCGUCAAAUCUGAGGACAUUCAGGAUGCAGUGGGUUGGUCAAGCCAAAUGAAAUCAGAAAAUCAAGUGACUUGUUGUGACAUGGUUUAUAACCUGCCAUUUGGUGGCAGUUGUGUGGGUGUUCCAUUCUCUCAAAAACAGGUCAAAGAUGACAUUACUAAGGAAUCUACAACAAUACCUCCGAUACAGACACCGCUCUAUCAGCAACUUGAUUUGUUUCGAGAUCAAGAGACAUACCAAAAUUGUGCCAUUAAAUCACACACAUUGCCAUUACCUAGACGGCUUCAACCAUCAAUGUCUGAAACUAACAUUGCUGAGGCUGGUUUUUUAUCAUAUUCAGCAAAGCUUGAUCCUCAUUUUCAGUCCACGGGAGAAUUAUUCACAGACACAUAUAAGGAUGGAUAUGAACGAGAAUACACUGGGAUGGGGCUUCAAUAUGGCUCCUACACAGAUCUUCGUCAGGGUGAUGUUUCAGCUCUACCAAUUAGAAGGUACAGUUCUCUGACCAACAUCAGCACAGAUUGUGGAUAUUUCCCAGGUGAUUUUGCAGAAUCUAAUCUUGCCCAGUACAGUGCUACAACUGCCAGAGAAAUAAGUCGAAUGUGUGCUGCCCUCAACUCAAUGGAUAGAUAUAGUAGCAACCCAGACAUUUUACUAGCUACUGGGAGGUGUAGUGGUCCACCUAUUAAAGUUAAUCUGCUGCAAGCUCCCAGACAUAGCUUUAAGUACAGUCCAGACGGAAAGCCUCUUUCCCAUAGUCAAACUUUAACUGAUCUAAUCAAUGCAAGACAAGCCAGUCUUCGAGCUAUGUAUCCAUCAGCUAUCAGAUCAGUUGAUGGUAUGAUCUAUUCAACUAUUAACACACCAAUUGCAUCCACAGUCCCAAUUACUACACAGCCUGCUUCAGUGCUACAACCUCUAUUAAGAGGUGUAUACAGACCAUACCCUACACCAAAUAUGACCCCAGUACCUUUGGCAAGCCUAACUAGAUUGCCAGUAGCUCCAAGGACAGGGCAAGUGCCUUUCCAAUACCCUACACCUAAUCUUCUCUCUGUUACAACUGCAAAAGUGACUGAGUCCCUAUCUAUAAUAACAGCCCAAGAUACACCAUUGUUCCUUGGCAAGGCUCCGGUAAGCUUGUCAGUAGCUAAUACAGUGGCACAACCAAAACAGCCCUCCUGUGUACCUGCUUGUUCUACCACUCCAGCACCUAUUUCAACACAAAUGGUUGUGCCAAUGGGCCAAACUGACAUGCAAGUUCUUCCAUUAAACCUAUCUCUUCCCCACCAUCAGUCCAUUGCCCAGCCUCUUAUACAACACCAGCAACCACAAGCUAAACCACAUGUUCAUUCCUUUCCUCCAGUACAUGGUCACACUUCUGCUCAGUCCAAAACACAGCUGUCCCCAUCAACACAAAGAGGCACAUCUACUUCAACCACUACAGUUCCUGAAAGUUUCUUCCCAAAUCAAGAAAAAGAAACAGAGGAAAAACUACAUCAACAGCAAGAACAUGUUUUGCAGUUAGAGAGAGAAAGAGUAGAGCUGGAAAAGAUGCGUCAGUUACGGCUUCAAGAAGAGCUUGAGCGGGAGCGUGCAGAGUUGCAGAGAGAUAGAGAAAAAGAGCAAAUGUUGGUUCAAAGGGAGAUACAGGAAUUACAAACUAUAAAGCAACAAGUCUUGAAGCAACAGCAAGCUGAAAGAGAAAAUCAGUUACUUCUGCAAAGAGAGCAGCUAGCUCAACAAAAAAAGCAGCUUGACCAGAUACAGUCUUUGCAACAACAGCUACAGCAGCAACUUGAGGAGCAAAAGAGUCAGAAGUCUGCAACAAGUGCUGUUGCAGCCAAUACAAAUACCCAGCACCCUAGAGGCAAAGCUGGAAAAAUAAAUCAGCCACAAGAAUUUGUCCCAGAUGUGCUAUAUAGUGAUGUUCAAGUUUUCCUAAGACCGCUGCCAAAUUCUGCAUCAGAAAUGUGCUUGAGGAAAAGUGAUGAUCAGACAGAAAUUCGGUCUAUGCGUAAACAAAGAUCUAUGCCUCGUCUGCAGGAUGGAAAUGAGGGAGAAAUUACAAUGUUUCCCCAAAGAGUUGUAAACACCUGUGUGCAAACAGAUGAUGAAGAUAGAGAGGAAAGGUACCUGGUGUCAAGACGGCGAAGAACUAGGCGUAGUGUGGACUGCAGUGUUCAGACAGAUGAUGAUGAAGACCAGGCAGAAUGGGAGCAGCCAGUUAGACGUAGACGCACUCGUUACUCUAGACAUGUUAGUGAAUCUGGUGUAGACCAUAAAUCUGAAAUGCCUUCAUUUGCAACUUCAGCAACUAAAGCUACAUCAUCCAGCAUUGCCAUCCAGACCAUCCGAGACUGCUCUUGCCAAACAGAGACAGAUCAACUGGUUAGAGUGGCCCCAAGCAUAAAUGUUACUAUGCCAGACCCCAACAAGGUUGAAAUUGUCCACUAUAUUUCUGGUCCUGAAAGGACACAGAAGGGUCAAAGCAUAUCUUGUCAAACGGACCCUGAGUCCCAGCCUCAAAGCAUUGUUGUUCCACAGAUAAGCAUUGCUACCACUGUCUGCCCCACCAGUGUCCAGUUAGUUGGUUCAGCAGAUCAACUCUCUCCCCAUCAACAAAGUGUUGUGAUGUUAGGAAGAAGGAGACCUGAUCCUUUGGAGUUUGGCUACCAACAGCAUCACCUGCAUAACGAGUCUUUGUCCAGUCUGAUCCGGCAACAACCAAAAUCUCCACAGGUGCUGUAUUCGCCAGUUUCCCCACUUUCCUCUCCACAACACGUCAUAGAAACUUCAUUUUCUUCUAGCGAGAGGCUAAAUAAAGCCCAUGUCACCCCGCAGAAGAAGUCGAGUAUUGGCGAGCUACCACAGAGACAUCAGGCUCUUCCUAGGCCAAUGAAGAAUAUCCAGAGAUCUAUGUCAGACCCCAAGCCUCUAAGUCCCACUACAGAUGAAAAUGCCAAGGCUAGGAUGUCCUUUUAUCAACAGCAAGCUCUGCAGAGUCAGCUGGCAGCUCUGCAGCAGAGCUCCCUCCUAAGGAAAGUCAAGAGGACCUUGCCCAGCCCUCCACCAGAGGAGACACUGCCUAUGGUUGCCCCUAACCUGUCCCAAAUGUUUAUGCCCUCUUUGUCUUCCUUUAAGGGUGGUUCCCGCUUAGCAGCAAAGACCAGUCUGUUGAAGGACCUGACCCAUGAGCUGAAGGCUGUAGAGCAAGAAUCUACAAAGCUACGCAAACAACAGGCUGAGUUAGAGGAGGAGGAAAAAGAAAUUGAUGCCAAGCUUAGAUACUUGGAGCUAGGCAUUACACAACGAAAAGAAACAUUAGUGAAAGAGAGAGAAAGGAGGGAGAUAGCAUAUCUACGCUGCAUGGGUGACUCACGAGACUAUAUGUCAGACUCUGAGCUCAACAACCUUCGCCUGACAUCUGCAGCCACAUCCUUUGAGGGCAACGGGUUAUUGACCAGACCCAGCACAGCACCCUUGAGCCAGUUUACUUGUGAGCUAAACACUGCUGCCCAGUUUCCCCCCACAUCGUCCUUCAUGUCAUACCAGUACCCACAAAGUCUACUUACUGCACCUACCCCACAAGCAUCUACAUUGCCAAGCACAGCUUUCAAUCAACCUCCCUAUCCAUCAGUCACCCAAGCCCAAGCUUUUCCCCAGCCCACUCCCUUGCAGACGUAUCCAACCCUAUCAUAUCAGGUCCAAGGGACCUUUCCUUCCCAGGGCUUCCCACUAAGCCAACCUCCAUAUCCAACAGACACUUUGAUGCCACAUCCAACACAGCCAAGCCAUCCAGGGUUCCAGCCUACCUUACCACCUAUGGGUGGAACGACUUAUCCAAGCCACAGUGCACCUUAUCCAAGCCAGGCACCCCCCUACCCGGUCAGUCAAACAAGCACUUAUCAGCCGCAGGCAGACACUCUCACUUUUCAGCAGAAGCCCCGUCAGACAUCACUUGCUGACCUUGAACACAAGAUGCCCACUAAUUAUGAGAUUGUAAGCAACCCUACAGUAACAAUAACUGCCCAAGAUACAAGUUACAGCCAGUCUGGGUUGGGUCCACCCUAUUGCCAAUACAGCACAGCUGUGUCAAGCACUUAUGGUCCCUACUCAUCUGUUUCAGCAUCCUCUGCUUAUGGACCAUACACAACAAUCUCAUCCAGUAGUUAUGGGCAGUACACAACAACUAUUGCAAAUACAUAUGGAUAUACAGUAACUACAGCUAGUUCCUAUGGACAAUACAGUACUGCUGCUACCAACACAUAUGGGCAGGCAGCAAUAUCUGACCACAUGCAUUCAAUGGACAGCCCCUCUGUGUAUUCUAGUGAAGGCUUGUAUGGAUCUUCAAACCUAGAGCAGAAUGUCUCAAGAAACUAUGUCUUAAUUGAUGACAUAUGUGAACUGACUAAAGAGGGCAUGGGCACUGCUCCAGACUCACAUCGCAGUGAGGGUCAUGGGCGCUACGGGACAGAUGGACUUCACAGUCGCGGGGGGAGCUCAUGUGGCAGACCAGAGGAUGAACGUGAUGCAGAUCUGUACGACCAGCACCAUGGCAGGGGUAAGAGCACCGGCAGCUACCAAGCACAAGGGACAAAUACGCAUAGCCGUGUAGUGGGAAGCAGUAGCAUGGGUGGGGGAUCAUUAUAUUACUAUGAUGACUACAGACACUCAGCACCUACACGGGCAGCCCAGAGGCACAAGUACCUGUGCCCUCCAGCCGUCAUGUCUUCCAGAAGGAGCAAACAUCGUAAACAAAGCAUUGAGCAAAAGAUAUCAAAGUUUUCCCCAAUUGAGGAGGCUCAUGAUGUAGAGGCUGAUCUGGCCUCAUACACCAUGAGCACCUCUACAACCAGUGGUUAUGGCUCAGGUUCACAGUACCAUAAACUUCAGGAUGACGUCUAUGGGCUACGAAGUGCCUACAGUCAACAGUGGGGAAACUACAAUGAUGAGUGCCUCUAUGGUUAUGGCAGGUCCCGUUCAGCGGGUUAUGGCAUGGACAAAAUCUCAUCCUGUGAGAAGAGAUACAACAGCAGAUCAUAUGAAGGGGGCAAUAAAAACCGGUCAUAUCACAGCAACCAUGGCCACAGUGUGCACCCGUCUUCUCACUCUCAAUAUUCAGAAAAGGAGAGCUCCCACCUCAUGACAAAGCUCAUGGGUGUUGGGAGGGCUUUCAACUAUCCAUCAAAUUCAUAUGGUUCAAGUCACUCGCUUCCUGAUGUUCAGGACCAUAUUCGAGACCUUCCUCGGACCCAUGUCUAUGAACCAGAUGAUAUGUAUAUAAUUGACGAUAUGCAUUGUGCUGUUUCUGACAGCGAAGCAUACCAUCUCGGACAAGAGGAGACGGACUGGUUUGAGAAGCCACGUGAGGUUCGUAGUUCUCGUCACUAUGGCAGCAAUGGUCAUUCUGGCAGGCGUGGCCAUGUCAAGCACACAUACCAUGACUACGAUGAGCCGCCGGAAGAUCUUUGGCCACAAAAUGAUUAUGGCCAUACCCGUCACAUGUCUUCUCGAGAGUAUCGCCAACACGGAAGUGGAAGUUCUGGUAGGCACUCCUCACGCCACUCAGAUGAGCCUCGUUCCUCUCGAUCUUCACGUUCCUCAAAGGAUCCAUCCAUGCGGAAUGAUUCCCGCUCCCUGUCAUCUUCAGGGAGGAGGGGAGAGUCUCGCUCUCAGGGCUACCACUCCUCAGAUUACUCCCGUGAUCCCUCAGGGCAGCACCAUAGCUCUCGCUCUGGAAAACAGUCCUCCCACCAUCAAGGGUCCUCCAGUAGAAAGCAACAGGAACACAUCUCAUCUUCUAGACAGCCAGGAACUGUUGGGCCUACACAGAAGGGUUCUACUGGACCUUCAAGUUCAAGCAGACAACCUGGCUCACAGCCAUCCAUUGAUGGACAGCAGGGUCAGCGGACACAGCUUCCUCAGUCGGCACAGACAUCAGCUACCAGGCCAGGACUGCAGACAUCUUCCACAGGUUCAACACAACCACAGCUAGUACAAGCCCAGCAACUGCAAUCUAAACCUGUCCAGCCUGGGCCAAUGGCUCGGCAACCCACCGCAGCAGCACAGACAACUUCCACUGCAACUAAGCCAGAGCCUGUCACUGCUAUUGGAGCAAAAGCAGCUCAGAUUCAACCUGGCAAAACAACCCAGCCCCCUCUCACAGGGAUCGGUUCCAAAGCAGUUCCACGGCCUGCUGGAAUAGGCAGUGCAGCUGCAGGUCAGCCGGGUGUGGAGGGAGAGAGCGUGUUGUCGAAAAUUUUGCCUGGAGGGGCUGCAGAGCAGGCUGGCAAACUAGGAGAGGCCAUCACUGGAUUUGGCAAGAAGUUCAGCUCCUUGUGGUGAGGAAGACCAAACUCAAGGUUGUCUAAAAAGGACGUUGAAAGACUUUGCACUGGAAAAACCUAUGAAGUUUUUCUUUCAUGUUUUAAUUUAAUGAAAAGACAGAGAGAGGGAGAGAAGCAAUCUGUUUCUUCUGCCAUUCAGAAGUGGAAUCACAGAACUCCAGCAGCUCAGGCCUGCAUGAUGUCAAGACUUCACUGUUUCUUCUGGAAUCCAGACUAAGAAAUACAGGUCUGAAAAGACAAGAGGAUUCUCUGUAUCGGUGUUUCAACAGAGCAGCUUGGGUCCUUCUUGGAUGGGCUCGUCAGCUCUAAACCACUUUUACUGCUGAUCUACAAAAACAGCACAUAAAGGCAAAUGUUAACAAACAACACAGGUCAACCGCAAAUCUGAUUAUUGAGAUCGUUAGAAAAUCUGCAUUAAAAAACAACAAAGUCGACCUGUUCUCAAUCAGAGAAGUGCAGCUCGCAGAGAACUGUGAUUCCACGUUUCUCUCAUUCUUUCUUUGGAAAUCCACUUCACCUCCCUCUCAGGAAUGAAAGAAACUAGAUAAACUUCAUAGGUUUUUCCUAUAAAUUGCUUCAAAAGAAUUCCUUUUUGUUGUCAAAAAGAAAAAAAGGAAAAACAUGAACACACGUCUCUAUGCUAAGUCCUUUAACUCAACAUUCCACUCAACUUAAAAGAAAAAAUCCUGGUUUUGUCGUGUUUUUUUCUAUGUGCUAUUAAAGUGUAAAGUGGACUCGGAAUGCAUGUAAUCCAAGACCUUACACUGUUUAAUAUAUCGAUGAGGAUUUACCUCUACACCCAACCACAGUGAAUAUAAAGAAUAGGACAAUGGGAUAUUAAGGCUAAAUAUAAGAGAUCAUAAAAAAUUCUGACCAGAUUUUAAUGAAUAAUAGUUUGUUCUAAAAUAUUAAGGAAUUGUCCUCCGACUGCAGACGGGCUAAUAUAGAUAAGUCAUUGGUAGGUUGUGUUAUUCUGUUUUGUCCGAUCGUCGCCUUAUGUUUGUGGAGCGUUCCACAUAUUUUUCUAUUUAUAAUCUCUAUUUUUUCCACAUUGUUUGUACAUAGAAAGCCAAUAUACAGGCUGUAAAGUUUACUUUUAUUUUUGAAUUCAGGCUUUUGUUUUCUAAAUGUAUUUAUUUAUUUAUUUGUUUGUUUAAAGCCAUUGCUUUGUUACUUGUUUACAGUUUUCCUUUUUGUUAAAAGGAUUUGAUUUGGUUUUAAAAUCAAUAGCAAUAGUGGAUGGUGGUCAGUAUAAGUAAAGAGCACAAUUGUUAGAUGUUUUUACAGUGGUGGUCAGAAGAGUUUAUCUGUCUGUAAACAUCAUUCUAAUCUCUCUGUAAGGUUCAGAAGAAAUUAAACAAAGUGAUGCCCAGUCUCUUGUAAUAACAUUAGGUGUCAAAGCCAUGAUUUGUUUGAAAAGAUUUUUCUUAAUAAGUAAAAUUAAGAAGUUAGAGAGAGAAAUGAAACACGAAUGCAUGUUAUGAAAAAAAUCUAUUGAUAUUGCUACAGUAGGUAUAUGUUACAGUACGUGUGAAUGAUUUUGGAUAUGUGUGCGUGCGUGUGUGUGUGUGUGUAUGCAUCUAGAUUUGUUACCAUUCCAAAGAGUCUGAUCUGAUCAACAAGCAGACAAAAAACAUUCGGUUGGGAGCGACUUUUCAGACCUUCUAUGCAAUUAUUUUCUCACCGGAGAAAAAUAGUUGUCAGAGUAUUAAGGCAAAAGUAAGUCCAAGAAUAACUAGAUAAUAGUAGUUAAAAAAUAAGGUUAUUAGGGACCGAUGUGUUUGUAUAUGAGAAACUAAUGUAAAUAAUCAUAAUUGAAAUAACAGAACUUUUGUUUCCAACAUUAAUGGCAUGCUUUUCAAUCUGUGGUAUUUUCUUAACACCGCUAUGAAAUGGAGCCAUUUAACAAAUGUAAAUUAGCCAUAGUGACUGAUAUGAGCUGCAAUCGUUUCUCACAAUCGUGUCCACAGAUGAUUGUUGAUAGCUGAAGGGACAAACAGUAUGAGGGCCGUUUUCAUUCUUCACGAGGUUUAGUUGCAAAAGAUAUUACAUAGAAAUCCCAAACCAUGAUCAUAUCAUAUAUUGGGUAAAGAAUAUAUUCCAACGUAUAGUGCGACGAGUAGAUUUCUAUUUGAAUCUUGGAGCCUAUAUUAAAGGGCUGCCCAUGCACACACAACGGAAAGAGUUUUCUGUGCUUGCCCUACCAUAAAAUCUGUGUUCAGAGAGAUUCAUACAACACAGUCUACAGCUAAUUACGUUUCAAAUCAAUUUAUUUAUUUUCAUUCAUAAAUAACUAUAUCUAAAUCAUAUAGAAGAAUCAUAUUUUAUUAAACAAACAAAUAGAGUUCUAUAGUAUAUAUAAGAUCUGAAAAUAUGAUGUACAUGGAUCAGAAUAUAUAUGGGAUAGGAGAUACGAGAGUAUAUUAUAAAGUAAUUAGAUGGGUUAUAAACUAAUGUAGCAAUGUAUAGCACUUACUGUACAGGCCACACUGCCAACAAACAGAAACUGCAAACUGACAGAUGAAAGCAUUUACCAGUAUUAGCUGUCAUUGGGGUUACAAAAAGCUUGUGUCCCACGCACCUCAACGCUAUUUGUGUUUGAUCUUUUCACCUCAGGAAAGCAUAGACUUCAUGCACCAAGGGGAGAUAUAUGCAUAGAUAAAGGGCUGAUUUACAAUAAUAAGAAAGCCAUUAAUAACACCCUAUAGGUUUUGAUCCAUUGGGGCUUUUGACUGUGAUGUAUGUCAGGGAAACCAGAUCACCUGCCAUUAUAUGUGUUUAAUUCAUCCGUUUUACAGACCCCAGCCGGGACGCAUUUUAAGACUGCAUGAAAGUGGCACAAGAAAUACAAGACACACAACGGUCAUAAAAUAACAAUGACUAAUAAUGACCUCAUAAUACGUGCAUGGGCCUUAAGCAGUACUACCCAACAUACCGUUUAUACAGUACAAAAAAAUACUAUGACUAUUGUUUUGUGUAAAAUAGGUUUCAUGACAUGAACAAAGCUACAAGAGAACGUAAACAAUGUAAUAAAUCACACCGUGUUGUGGUCGGCUUGUGGACUGUUUGGAAAUGUAAACAGUUUUUGGUCUACAUACUUGUGUUUGUUUAUGCAGAGAAACUUCCUUUAAAAAAAAAAAAAUAUUAUUAAAAAAAGAUUGUGGCUUCCAUAUGAUUUGUGGGUGGGAAAUCUGAAAUAUGUAUUUUGGAAAAAAAUGAAUACAGACGGAAAUAAAUGUUACAUUCACUGUUGUGAAUGACUCCAUAUACCCAUUGUAAACUUCAUGUUUGUUUCAGUGUAAACCUGUAGUAGGCUUGAUGUAACAUGUCAUGUUAUGUGAUGAAAGAAUAAUACAAUUUAUUCAGGAAAAAUAAAAAGAGGAUUUAAAAGAAA